UGUAAUCUUGGUUGACUCACAUGAUCAGCCCAUAUCUGACGACGGCAAAAUAACAACAGGAAUAGUGAACCAUGAAAAUGAAGAGAGAUUUUUUACUAUUCUUAAUAUCUGUGGUUUUAAGCAAUUAUUAUAUGGUUCAUGGGAAGGAUGGACAUUGUUCGUGGUAUGGUGAAUGUGGUGACUCACCGACGGGGAAAUAUAACUGCUUGUAUACAGGGCCAGCUAAACCAUUAACAAACGAGACAGGAUUAAAAAUUCUCAAGACUUACUGUCCAGAUUUACUUGAGGAAAAAGGUGAUACUUACACAUGCUGUGACACAGAUCAGCUGGUUACUAUUCAGAAGAAUAUGGGACUGCCACAACAGUUCUUUCUACGAUGUCCUUCCUGUUACCGCAACUUUCUUAAUUUAUACUGCUACCAGACUUGCUCAAAGAACCAGAGCAAUUAUGUAUACAAUGUGAAAACUGAACCAGUGCCAACUAACAAAAACAAAACACAAAUUACAAAAGUAGACUAUUUUAUAACCCACUCCUAUGCUAAUGGUAUGUUUAAUUCCUGUAAGAGUGUACAGAUGCCGAGUGCUAAUGAACGAGCGAUCACAGUUUUCUGUGGCCAUCCUGCUGAUCAGUGCACUAUUAAGAACUGGCUACAAUACAUGGGAGAUACUACCAAUGGACACACCCCUUUUGAUAUCAAUUUCAAUAUUACCGAUACACCAAUAACUCCGAAUACAACAAAUACCACAUUUUAUCCCAUGGAUGUUACUACGUCUCUUUGUAAUGAAACUGCACUUAACAAGUCUGCUUGCAGUUGUCAAGAUUGUACGCUUAGCUGUGCUCCGCUGCCACCUUUCCCAAAACCUCCAAAACCAGCGACCAUCUUAGGCUUUGAUGCCUGGUACUUUAUUAUGUGUAUAUUGUACAUUAUUUUCGUAUUGUUUUUCGGAACUUAUGGAUUGUGUUACAAUAUUAUACAUCGGAAUGCUUUUGGAAUCAAACAAAAGAAGUAUGAUAGUAUAGAAGAAAGACCUGCUGGUAGAACUGGAAGUAUAAAUGGACAUGGGCAAUCAAGGAAGAAAAAAUUGUCAGCGCCACUUGUUGAGGAAAAGGAUAUUAACUGUUUAGAAAAAAUUGGAGCUGCUGUUGAGAAAUUUUUGAGGAACAUAUUUCUAACAUGGGGGUUAUUUGUAGCACGACGUCCUGUAAUUGUAAUAGUACUUGGUGUACUAAUCGCUGGAGCUUUGUCCGCUGGACUAUACUUUUUCAAGGUCACAACCAAUCCAGUAGAACUUUGGUCUGCUAAGAACAGCAGGGCACGCACAGAGAAGGACUACUUCGAUUCCCAUUUUGGGCCAUUCUACAGAACUGAACAACUGAUUGUGACCAGACCAAACAAUAAUACAAUAGUUAAACAUAAGAAUCCAGGAUCUAUUGUCUCAUAUACCGACUAUACUUCUUUGUUUGAUAAGGAUUUUUUACAUAUGCUUUUGGAUCUUCAACUUGAAAUAGAAAACUUAACAGCCACCUACAAAGGUGAAACCGUCCGACUACAAGAUAUCUGUUUCAAGCCGCUUGCUCCAGACAAUAACAACUGUACAACAGAGAGUGUGUUAGAAUACUGGCAGAAAAGUCAUGAAAAUAUUGAUAAAGUAGCAAUGACUCCUGAUGGAUGGUUUGUCAAGGCAGAUUACCUUGAUCAUUUCAAGUUCUGUGUUAGUGCCCCAGCUUCUACCCAAGAUACAGUUGGACUGAAUAUUUCUUGUCUAGCCACUAAUUCUGCUCCUAUAUUUCCAUGGGUAGCCAUGGGAGGAUAUGAUGGUUUAAAUUAUCAAGACUCGACAGCAUUUGUCAUCACUAUUCUAGUCAACAACCACCUUAAAGACGAAGACAAUGAAAAAGCUAUGGCGUGGGAGAAAGUUCUUAUAGAUUUCAUGAAGACCAGACAAAAUGGUCCGAACAUGACAAUUGCCUUUAACACAGAGCGCUCAAUUGAAGAUGAAAUCAACAGAGAAAGUAGCUCUGAUAUUUGGACAGUUUUGGCUAGUUACCUGAUUAUGUUUGGGUACAUUACACUAACUCUUGGACAGUAUGGAACAUGUGAAAAUCCACAAAAACUACUGAUUGAUUCCAAGAUAACAUUAGGACUAUCAGGAGUAACAAUUGUACUAUUAUCAGUAGCUGCCUCCCUCGGGACCUAUAGUUACUUUGGAAUACCAGCAACACUUAUCAUCAUAGAAGUGGUACCAUUCUUAGUCCUGGCUGUCGGUGUGGACAACAUCUUUAUUUUAGUCCAGGCCUAUCAGCGAGACGCUAGACCACCAGGUGAAAGUUUAGAAGAACAGAUUGGCAGAAUUGUAGGGAGAGUGGGGCCUAGCAUGUUACUCACUAGUUCUGCAGAAUCAAUAGCUUUCUUCCUGGGUGCCCUGACAAACAUGCCAGCAGUAAGAGUUUUCUCCCUUUAUGCUGCCUUGGCUGUUUUAAUUGACUUCCUGUUACAGAUAACAGUAUUUAUUGCAUUAAUGACAAUAGAUGCCAAAAGACAGGAGGGUGAUAGAUUUGAUGCAUGUUGCUGUAUUACAGCACCAAGAAGUAAGAAGGAGAAACAUGAAGGCUGGCUCUUCUAUCUGUUCAAACAUUUCUAUGCUCCAUUCAUCCUCAAGGAAUAUGUCAGACCUAUAGUGAUACUUGUGUUUACAGCCUAUUUCUUUGUGAGUGUAGCAGUAUUACAUAAAAUUGGAUUAGGACUGGACCAGAAACUAUCCAUGCCUGAUGACUCUUACGUAUUGAGAUAUUUUGGAAAUGAAUCUACGUACCUGCAUGUCGGUGCACCUGUAUACUUUGUUGUGAAGGAGGGACAUGAUUACACAACACAACAAGGACAGAAUGCUCUGUGUGGGGGUAAUGGCUGUCCUCAGGACUCACUGGUCGGUCAGCUCUAUACUGCCAGUAAACUAGCUAACUAUACAUAUAUAGCCCAGCCUACUUCUUCCUGGCUAGAUGAUUUCUUUGAUUGGUUGGCUCCAGGAGGAAGUCCUCCCUGUUGUAGACUGUUCCCUAAUGGUACUUUCUGUCCUGCUACAGUAGUUGACAAAACUUGUAAGACUUGUCCUGUAAACAAAAGGCCAGAUGGCCGACCAACUCCACAAGACUUCAUGAGAUAUCUACCAAUUUACUUAAAGGAUAAUCCAGGGACCAAGUGUGCUAAAGGAGGUCAUGCUGCCUAUGGAAGUGGAGUUAAUAUUAUUCACAACAAAACACAAGUAGGAGCGACCUAUUUUAUGACCUACCACACAAUACUGAGGACAAAUGAGGAUUUUAUUGGAGCUUUACGUGAAGCUAGGAAGAUUGGAGAAAACAUAACAAAAACCAUCACUACUAAAACCUCUAAUGCAACUGUAUUCCCUUACAGUAUUUUCUAUGUAUACUACGAGCAGUACCUGACAGUUGUACAUGACACCAUAUUUAACAUAGCUCUUUGUAUGGUAGCCAUCUUUAUUGUCACCUUUAUCCUGAUUGGAUUCGACUUUUUCUCCGCCGUGCUGGUUGUUCUCGUGGUAUCCAUGAUUGUAAUUGAUAUAUGUGGCAUGAUGUACUUCUGGGAUAUCACACUUAAUGCUGUUUCAUUGGUCAAUCUAGUGAUGGCUGUUGGUAUAGCUGUUGAAUUUUGUGCUCAUAUAGUCCGAGCUUUUGCUGUGAGUUUACAACCAACCAAACUAAUGAGAGCAGAGGAAGCUCUAGCACAUAUGGGAAGCUCUGUACUUAGUGGUAUAACAUUAACAAAGUUAGGAGGAAUUAUAGUAUUAGCUUUUUCUAAGUCCCAGCUUUUCCAAGUAUUUUACUUCAGAAUGUACCUUGGAAUGGUGUUGUAUGGUGCUACACAUGGUCUUAUAUUCUUGCCAGUGUUACUCAGUUAUAUAGGUCCACCAAUAAAUAAAGCCAAACUUUAUGAUGCUCAACAAAGGAGAAAACAUUUGUCAGCAGACUCGGACAAUGAUGACAUUAAUUCUUCUCGACAGAAUCUUGUGAGUGAUGGUGGUGCUCCGCCAGACUAUAACACCUUAGCUGAUCCAGCAAUUUGAUAGAGUUAUCUUUCCUUCAUAUUACAGAGUUAUCUGCUCUUCAUUUGUUUAGGAGUGGAAUAUUCUAAUGAGCAAUUGAUCCAUGAGAUUAUAUACAAUUGAUCCAUCAGGUUAUUAUCAAUUGAUCCACCAGAGAUUAUAAACUUUUUUUGUCAUGACAGAAUUAUGUAUGAAAUUAUUGAUUACAAAUCAUGUAAUUUGUUAAUUAUAAGGGAGGUAAUUUAGUGUACUUUAAGGUUUUCCAUAUUGUUAAGGGUUAACAAAUAUUACAAGGUUUGCACUCUGUCUCAACACAAUUGUUUUCCUUUAGCUCUCAGUGAAAUUAAUUAUGAUGCAGAGUAACUGCUGUGUAAUUAAAUAGUCAUAGUAUAUAUAUAUGUACUUUUCACCUAAUGAUGUCAGAGUCAAAAUUCAGGAAUGUCAAAUUUAAUUACAAAUACUGAAAAUUUUAUGAUCAAAACCAACAAUAUAUAGAUUGAAUAUGAUGUUAUCAUGAAUGCGAACAAAUUCAUAAUCCUCAUAAUUAUAUUUUUAUUAUCAUUGUUUACACUUCUUUAUAUAUGUAUAGUGUUUCUGUGCCUUUAUAACAAAUCUAAUUCAUGAUCACCCUGUAUAAACGAUUCACUCCACACAAUUAUAAUUACCCUUCAUUGUUGUAGUAUACUCAUGUUUUGAAAGUUGAUUGCUUUUAUAUAUUACAGCAACAGAACAAUUAUGAUACUGUGGAUUCAUUAAUAUUCGUUAAAUACCAAUUUUCGUGGAUUUCGUUGGUACAAGAGAACCACGAAUUCAAAUGUUCAACGAAUGACAAAUUUUCUAAAGGAAUGAGUGUAGACUUUGCCAAAACCAUGAAAUCAAAUAUCCACGAAUAUGUAAAUUUUCCUCAAACCACGAAAAUUGGUAUCCAUGAAAAUAAAUGAAUCCACAGUAGCUUUAUUCAUACUGAUUCCCAAAAAAUUAUAGUUUGUUUAUACUUGUGCCUGUAAUAUGGGAGAUAAUUUGCUACCUCCAGUUAAGAUAUAUCACAUCAGGUCUUUAAUGAUAGGUUUAUGAAUGCCCAGUUUAAGAAUAUAUUGAUUCUAGGUACUUUUUCUUGAAAUGAGUGCACAAAUGACUACUGCUGGUUCACUCAGUC